AUGGUCGCUGUGUCUCCACCGCGGCUCACCGCGGGUCCUCUCCUGCGGACUUGCUGCCGCUCGUCUCCCCGUGGCCGCUGCUGCUCGCGGCCAGGCGUUACUCCGUGCACCCUGCAGCUUCCAUACCGGGCACGGGACUUCUGUCUGCUGCCGCUGUCCACCCGUCUCCCUGCCUCCACUCACGGCUGUGACUCGGUUCCUCAUGAGCUGCACCGAGUGUCAGAAGAGGAUGCACCAGAAAGGUACGAGUACUACAGGUACGGGUACUACAGGUACGGGUACUACAGGUACGAGUACUACAGGUACGAGGACUACAGGUACGAGGACUACAGGUACGAGGACUACAGGUACGAGGACUACAGGUACGAGUACUACAGGUACGAGGACUACAGGUACGAAGACUACAGGUACGAGGACUACAGGUACGGGUACUACAGGUACAGGGACUAUAGGGACUACAGGUACGAGUACUACAGGUACGGGUACUACAGGUACAGGGACUAUAGGGACAACAGGUUCUACGACGUCCCCAGCCUGACCUACUCGGACCCUCUGAGCCUGGUGAGUCUGGGCCACGACGACCGCGACCUGUCGUACUGGAGGAGGCGAGGCCAGGACUUCAGCCUGCUCUUGGACUACGCAGACGGGAGAGAGCUUAGGGCCUCUACCACCGCGUGGAGACCCCAAGCACUUCUGACUGCGGAGGAGCUGAGAGCGGAGAGACAGGCCCAGCAGCUGUGGGAGGACCUCUCCUGGCUACGGGACCCCGACUCUGCCCCGGGACAACUGAGGGUCACGGAGGAGGAGCGCAAAUGCCAGAGUCUGGGCAACGAGGAGUGGAGGCCGUCCGUGAGCUUGGGCAGGUCUGAGAGCGAAGACAGGUGGGCACUGGACCCGUACAGACUAAGGACCCCCGAUGGCUUCUUUCACACAAAAUCGAGAGCAAAGUCCCAGACCCUGCCCCGGGUUCUUUCACCAGAGGGAAACACGUGUCGGGAGCUGGUUCCCUCCAGGCCGAGCUUACCCGACAGACAGAGGAUGAGCAGUACUGUGUUCUCUGGGCCUUACAGCAGCAAGCAGCUGAGAGAAGAGCUGCCCGUACCUCCAAGAGAAACGGGAUUCAGAGAAUACAGGGUAGUGGCACAUCUGUCCAGAAGAAGAAGCAACGACGGUCGAACGGUGAAGCUAGAUCUGUCAGACGAGCCGGUAGAAACGCCUCUGUGUGAUUUCAGCCCGACUACACUGAGUGCUUCUGCGGAGGUCCCGUGGGCGGACAGGCAACCGAUGCAAGACGCUUCUACGCUAACGAGCCCUCCCGAUUACGAAGAUAUUUGCCAGACCUUGAGGCAAACCAGAGACCCAUCGGACGCUAGCGGAACAAGAUCGAACGACGAAAUGACGCAAGAUUCUGAAGAGGAGUGCCCCAUUUGUAAGAGAGAGAUGGAAAACCAAAUGAGGCAAGGUCCGCUGCCUCCGCUUCACGAAGAGAACAGUUCAGAUAGUUCCACGAAUCAAAACGCAAGUCCUCCUCAACGAGCGGAAUUGGAAAGUCCACCAGAGGAAGUAGAAGCAAAGGAAGUCAGUGGAACGGAUGUGACAGGAUCAGGAAGAGAGGUUAAAAGAGAGGAUUUAGCCAGUGGAAGUAACCUGAGUGAUCCUAAAGACCUCCAGGGUCAAGACGGACGCUCAAGUGAAAUAGGUGUAAAUACAGACGGAGAAAGUCAAACAGAAGAGAUUAAAAACAGCGAGAUAACAACUAAUGAUGUGCCUAAAGACGGACAGAACGAUGGUAGUAACGAGGAGGGACCAGAACAACCAGGUGAGGGUUGUUCUAACGUGGGAGAUGUUUCGGAAAGCAGAGUAGGAGAGGAGAAAGUCAGUGAGAUUAACCUGAACCAUGAAUGUAAAGACGAACAAGCGAAAGUUGAGGAGCAAGACAAGAAGCCAUUACUUUCCCCAGAGCAUAGACUGAGUUUAUGGACUCAGUUGGGACGCGAUCCUGCAGGGUUACCCGAGUUCCCCCCGGAUCGGCUGCCUCUCUCCGUGCCCCCAACUCUGGACCGCAGGCUGUCCUUGAGUCUGGAAGGGGAACGGAAGAGCAGAGGACUCUCCCAUCGAAUCGAAGCCCUGCAGAACAAACUGGCCAUUUCUCCGGGGCGAGUGGCGGUGGAACGUAUUUCUCGCAUGAGGGAAGUGGACGUUAUUUGCAGGGUUCGCAGACUGAGCAUCAGGAGUACAGACUCUGGGGAGGGGGACAAUGACACCGAGAGUAAAAAGGAGGAAGUAGAAGAUCCUCCGGAGCCGACGGAGAAGGACGACGAAGACACGAGACAGGAGCAGGUCGGCCAAUCACAGACAGACCCCGAAGAGACGGGAGCGAGGGAGGCGGAGCCAUCUCCAUCAGGUGAACUUACACUUUUAUGUCUUGAAAUUAAAACUAUACCUCAGCUCUAG